GCACGGGCGACGUGACAGGCGCCGUCUGUUGCUACGGAUUACGCACAGCGUCUGUUGCUUUGGGUCGCUAAUCGGAUCGGAGGCGACGCAGCAGUAAUUAGCUGUUUAUUUUGGUUUCUUCUUCUUCUUCUUCUUUUUAUUACCGGAUUAUGAUUAUUGUGCGACGAGUGAAAUAAACACAGCAGGUGCCAGCGUGGGUCUCCCUGUGUCCGAACAGCAACGCUGCAUACCGGGAGGGGGACGGGGGACGGGGGACGGGGGACGGGGGGGCUCCGGGGGUAAUAAAGCAGCCGCAGAUCACACGCGGCGCGUCCAUUCUUCAGCACCGCGGACAGCUCCCGGCUCACGCGCUUCCUGUCGGCCUCAUCACGGCGGGCGGCAUCCAACGACUCGCCGUCGUCUCCUGUGUUUUAAAAAAAAAAAAAUAUUAUUAGAUUAUUAUUUCUCUCCAGGUGAUCAGAUCGGCAGAAUCGGCACCGAAGAAGAGAAGAAGGGGAAAAAAACCUCAACAUGAAGCAUUUUCUGAGAGUGGUGACCCAGUUCUUCGUGUUCCUCUACUGUAAAUGUCUGUGGCGGGGCCUCAAGUUUGUCGCCAGGAAGUUUACGGGCCGCUGUGAGCUGCAGCGGAUCUGCUCCAACAACAAGCACGGAGCUCGCAGGACACUCAAGCUUGAAUCGUCUCUGAGGUACUCCAAGAAUGAGCUGCUGCAGUCUGCACUCAGCGUCCACCCGGACAAAGUGGAGAAAACCAUUGACGACAUCAUGGCGCUGAAGAGGAUUAACCCGGACACCAACCCACAGUUAGGCAUCUCUCUCCAGGCCAGCCUGCUGCAGAUUGUGGGCUACAGGAGUCUGGUGGCGGAGGUGGAGAAGCUGCGCAGGGAGCCGUACGACUGUGAGAACCCCGAGCACGAGGACAUGCUGAUGAAGCUGUGGAAGGAGCUGCGUCCUGACACCCCUCUCACCUGCCGCAUCUCUAAACAGUGGUGUGAAAUCGGUUUCCAAGGCAGCGACCCCAAGACUGAUUUCAGAGGCAUGGGCCUGCUGGGCCUGCACAACCUGCUGUAUUUCGCAGAACACGAUAAAGUCACUGCUCUGCAGAUGCUCCACGACUCCCUGCAACCAAAGCACAAUGAGAUGAACAACCCCGAAUGGGAACAGAAGAACCUCGACAAAGCUAUUGGAUACUCCUUUGCCAUCGUGGGCAUCAACAUCACAGACCUGGCCUACUCUCUGCUGGUGAGUGGAGCUCUGAAGACCCACCUGUACAACGUGGCCCCAGAAAUGCCGAGCCUGCAGAACCUCCAGCAGACCUUCUGUUACCUGAUGCAGGAAUUCCACCGCUUCUGGAUCGAGGAGGAUCCCAGCGACAUCAUGGAGUUCAACCGGGUCCGCUCCAAGUUCCACCGGAGGAUCCUGCGACAGCUGAAGAACCCGGACAUGGCUCUGUGCCCCCACUUCGCCGCCUCCAACCUCCACCUGGUCAACCUCUAAACCCUCCCCCCCCCCCCCCCCCCCCCUACCCCAACAUCCCUCACUGAACCCUUCAUUCCCCCACAGAGGUCUCCUCUGGAUGUCCGGUAGGCCCCCCCCCAAAAAAAAAAAAACAGCUGGACACAUCUGGGGAGACUCUCUCCCCUCUCUGCUCAGCCCACCUCGUCCAAGCUAACGUCAUGUUGCAUCACUGCCAAAAGCUCACUCAGCCGCUGCACGCACACACACACACACACACACACAUAUGUACACACACACACACACUGCCUCUACUGCAGCGUUACACCACCAGCAUCAGAGAUGACCAUAGCGAUUGUAGCUGUGCAUGAGGAGGCUGCGCCACACGACUCAUCAUUCUCGCUUUAAUUAGUCACGACGAUUGUAUCACAGCCAUUACACCUCAGUUAUGGACCCAGUGCUUCUUCUCAUAACGAACCAAAUUUACUUAUUCAGCCCCCCCCCCCC